AUGUCCCUGGUGGCCUACGCCAGUAGCGAGGAGGACAGCGACGCGGAGGGGCCCCCCAGCCCCCGCCUGUUCUCCUCACGGGGCCCCCGCCUCCCCUCAGGGCUUUCGGAGCCCCCCCGGCGGGCAGGAGCCCGGCUUCGGCCUCCGGGGGCAGCGACGGCGGCCCCGAGGAGCGGCCCCGGCCCGGGGGGCUGCUGCUGCCCCCCCCCCAGGAACGCCGCCCCCGGGGCUGGGGGGGAUCUGAGCCUCCCCAGGGCGAAGAAGAGGACGGAGCCGGUGAAGAUCGUGGUGCCCGAGCUGCACGAGGGAGAUUCAGAUUCGGAGGAAGAUGAACCAGCGAGGAAGAAAAGUUCUCUUCAGCAGGGACGCGGCGAGGGCUCGGGCUUGUCCGCUCUGCUUCCUCAACCCAAAAACUUGACGGUGAAAGAGACCAACCGGUUACUUUUGCCCUACGCUUUCUCGAGGAAAGCAGCCGACAGCGCCUCCGAGGCCAAGCCCGCCAGGGCCCCGACCUCCUCCUCCAAACCCAAACCUCCGUCCAAGCCGGCGGUGGCCACCACUCCCUCCCCCUCCGCCAUCAAAGCCGCCGCCAAGAGCGCCGCCCUCCAGGUAACCAAGCAGAUCACGCAGGAAGAGGACGACAGCGACGACGAGGUCAAGCCAGAGAACUACUUCUCCUUGUCUGACAGGAGCGAGCCCAGCCUCGUGCCCGCCGAGGCGUACACGUACUCCGGCGCGGCGGCGGCGGUGGCGGAGGACCCGCCGCCCGGGACGGAGCCCGAGCCUCAUUUCCAGGCCGCCGCUGCCAACGCCCCUCUGGAAUUCAAGACGGGCGCGGGUUCCAGCGGUGCCCAGCACAGCUGGCUGCCCAAGGCCGGGGAGGAGUACGGCGGCCAGCCCUACCAGUUCCCCGCUUACGGCGACGCCGGCGUGCCGGGUGCUUAUUACCAGGAUUACUACGGCGGUGGCUACUACCAGGAGGCGGAACCAGCCCAGGGAGCGCCGCAGGAGAUGAGCAGCGACUCCUCCUUCCUCGACGACGAAGCGUUCAAACGCCUGCAAGGCAAGCGGAAUCGGGGCAGAGAAGAGAUCAACUUUGUGGAUAUCAAGGGUGACGACCAGCUGAGCGGAGCCCAGCAGUGGCUGACCAAAUCCCUCACGGAGGAGAAAACCAUGAAGUCCUUCAGCAAGAAAAAAGGAGAUCAGCCCACGGGGCAGCAGAGGAGGAAACACCAGAUCACGUACCUGAUCCACCAGGCGAAGGAAAGAGAGCUGGAACUGAAAAACACGUGGUCUGAAAACAAGCUCAGCCGACGGCAGACUCAAGCCAAAUACGGAUUCUAACGCCUCCGUCCCCACCUUUUGGCUGCUGGCCCGGGUGACCUCCGGUGUCAGACUUCAGAGACCGACCAGGCCGUGCAGAACGCCGUCCGCCGGGCGGGCGGGAGGCU